CGGUCGCGUUAUUCCUUCGCUUUUUUCCCGUCCGCGCUCCGUGCGCUCGGACGUGCGUCGUGUUCGCGUUUUGUGUUCUUCGCUUCUUGGUGGUUCUUUUCUUCGGUAAAGCCUGGUGUCGCCAUUCUCCUUCCUCCAAACCCCACACACAAGCGACCAACGCGAUUGCAAAAAAGGUGAAAGAGCCGUACGCCAGCGCCGUGUAAAACGGCAACCUUUCCGUGUCCUCUGGGCGGGCGCUACCAGGUACGCGAAGUGGUGUCGCAAUUUGUCUCCAGUCCGUCCAAACGCCAACAAUUGCCAUUUUUAACCAGCAAGUGUUGUAGGAGAAAGGUGUUCAAACUCUUCGCCCUCCCCCUCCCGUCGAGCGGGUGGAUAAAACGCACAACAGUACCAGAGCAGUGCCAAACAAAGCAACCUCUCUAGGGUUGCCAUUGCGACAGCAUCGCAAACGGCGCACCAAAGGUAGCCCGGUCGUAAAUGGCAGGCUUAAAAAUUCGUAUCCAUUUUAGAGGUCGCCUCGCCUGAAGCUGUGCGUCUCGCUUGCAGACGUAGCGCUGACAUUUGCCAGUGGUAAACAUCGGAAUGCGAAGCACCAGAAUCCACCCGACGGUCCAGCAGAUGUCAAUUAUCUUCCGUGGUUCAUCGCUUCCGCGAGUGGCGUUAGUGGAACACCCCCGGGUCGGUGGUACGAAAGGAUGAAUUCAGGCCAUCUCGGUGGUCAACGAGAAGGCAUUGAAUACGCCAAAUAGUAGUGGCAAUAUUUACCGCAGAGGAAAAGCAACAUCUAGCGUUUUAAGAAGGUCGUGUUCGAAUACAUUCCCCACGGGAAAGUGUUGCAAAGGGAACCCCACCAGGUGGCCAGUGCGGUGCAAUGAUAUGUGAUACCGAUUCCGGUCAGUGGAUGUAUAGUGUCGUGAAUCGCCUGUGCGUCGUCUGCAGUAUCGGUGGUGAUAAGCGGUGAUCGUGCGCGUCGUGGGUGUGCGAUUCGAGGGGUGAGGUGUUUAGCCCCGAAAUGGAACCGGGUCCCCCGGGAAGUACUUCCACCGCCCCCGUCGGAGCGGGCGGUAGUGGCAGUGGAGGUGUAGUUGGAGCACUUAGUGGCGGCAGUGGUGCUGGAGGCCCUAUAGUUGGUGGGGUAGGUGGGACAGGUGCGGGUGUAGUAACGCGACCACCGAUUACGGCAUUGUUUCGCGAAAUACACAAAAAUACCUGGCUUCGGCGACUGAGCGGCGAUAGUAGGCGACCGUCCGUCUUGAACAAGAAACCGGACCGGUAUUGGGUGGUGUUUUGCGUCCACGACGACUGCGAGGCGCUGCUGGAAGGCUACAGUGACCCGCGGCAGGCGCCCUCGCACGCCCCCGAGUGGUCCCUGUCGCUGCAAACGGUGCAGCAUAUCUCGCACGCGCUGGUGUCGGUGGAGCAGGAGUUCGAAUUUGUGAUAACGCUCGGCAGCGAGGUGGCCCGCUUCAAUGCCAACACCUGGGAGUGCAUGCAGGAGUGGGUGGAGUGUCUGCGGGCGAAGCUGCGCGAGAUGAAGCUGCUGUCGCCGAAGGAGAACCUCUACUCGCGCCUACCGGAAGCGCGACCGCCGCUGGCGCCGACGCGCGACCCGACCUCCCCGCUCCCGGCCACCCCGCCCGUCCCGGCCGCCCUCGUGCCGGGCAUCGAGCGGGUUCAGCAUCACCAUAUCAACCAGACGGCGGCAGCGGGCCCGUCCGGUCAUAGUUCCUUGGGCCCGGUCGGAUUGGCUUCCAGUUCGGUCGCGCCACAAACCGCCUCACUGCCGCCCCUGCUGGCGAACAACGGUAGCGCCUCCAACACUGGUACCACCAGCUCAACAUCAUCUUCAUCGUCCUCCUCAUCAUCAUCGUCUUCGUCAUCGUCGUCAUCGUCGUCAUCAUCGUCGUCAUCAGGCAGCUACUCAUCGACGCUCACGUCCAUAUCGUCCUGCGUCAAUGGCGGUCCGCCCGCCAUGUCCAACACCUCCACGCAGAAUCUCAUGAACCUCCUGUCGAACCCACUGCAGGCGGUCAGCAGUAUUAGCGCCCAGAGCAAAAGCGGACCAGCACCACAGCCGCCGGAUAACGUGUCGCUCGUGUCCUGCUCCUCCUCCGGAUCUUCCUCGGCGGCCUCCGAGGCAGCAGGAGGCGGGCUCGAGGAGCUGUCCGAGGAUCUGCACAAGCGCAUCAUCAACCCGAACACCGUCGCAACGCCGAGCUCAUUGAAUUUACCGAAACCGCAAAAAAUAAUCACCCGGGAAAAUGGACAUGCCCACAGUGCGUCGUCACUGAGCGGCACUGCGGUCAACGCCACCCAUCCUCAUCAUCAUCCGGUGGUGACGUUGGCUUCCGGAUCGUCCCCGCCCGUCACCUCCUCCCUGGCGACCACCUUCGUGAACAACGUGCUGGCGGAUCCGUCCGGAACGGCCGGUGCGUCGGUGAAGCGGUCCGGAGCUGCCGCCGAUAAGCUGCUGCUUGACGUCCGAGGUGGCCCCUGUGACCGAACCGGCGGUGGUGACGAUGACGAUGGAAACGAGCGCGAUGCGAAGAAAGACGCCGCCGAUGUUGGUCGCCGAAAAGCGGAGAACAACGGGGACGGCGUCGCUGAGGCACGGCCAACGCCCGUCCAGCGGCAGCAUCUGCAGCACGCGUCGGAAAACGCCCAAACCGGAGUGGCCAGCAAUGGCUACGGUGGCGAAUGCACGUCAUCGGCGGCGACCACUACAUCAUUGGCCGAUGCCAUUGGAGGAAUGCAAUCGACACCGAAAGCGGCCGCCGCCUCGUGCAGUGGCAUCCUGCCGGUAGGAUCAUCUUCAGCGAACGGGGCAAGAGCGGAAGCGAAACGUACGCGACGAAAAAUCUCCCCUUUGGCCAUGCAAUCCCUCUCGCCGUCGACGUCGAACGAGGAACCGCCAUCGAACGUCACCAUCAUUCAAGUUUCGAACAGCAGCGUCACGACGACCCCCUCGCCGACUGUGACGACCUCCCCGAAGCCGGUGUCUCGGUUCAUCUUCACGAAGGCCAAACCGAUGACAAUGACGACCCCGGCCGUCAUCGUAAAGGACAGUGGAACCGGCAGCAACGGCGACAGUCUUGCGUCCGAUCAUAACUACCGUAGCAAUGUGCAAAUCAUUCCGUCCAAUGUCGAGUACGAGCGGCAGCAGCCCGUCGCCAGUACGGAGGAUCAUCAUCUGAUGCAACCAUCGAUCAUCGCUUCGAUCAAUGAGCAGCAGAUCACCACCGUUACGGUGCCGAACGUGUCCAAAUCCGUACCGAUGCCGGCGGUGAAGGCAGCAGCGGCACCACCACCAUCCCUUAAGGCACCGGUCACAAGUGUCGCCGCGACGGUCCAGGUGGCCGUCGCCACUUCGUCGACUCCGAUCAAGGGACCGGAAAACAAUUUCGGCACGGUAACACAGAUCGCCGUAAAUUCCAGCCCUAACCAGCAGCAUUACGAGCAGGUUUUUCUCUCAACGACCCUCACGCCCCCAUCCGUCCAGGUGACGACGUCGUUGGGAGGUGGACGUGGUAUCGAUGGAGCGACGGACCAGCUAGUAUCAGUGACUCCGGUCGGCGUGAAACCGGCGGCAGGCAAUAGGAGCAGCAAGGUGUUGCUCCUGAGCAAGCAGCCACGUUCGUCUAGUCAUUCCGAGAUCGCUCUACCCGGUCGGGCGCCAACCAAAGGUGGUAGUGAUAAGGAGAACCAUGUCCAGCAUCACCCUAGCAGCACGGCGUCGACAUCGAAGCAGCUGGGCGGUGUACAACCUUCGGCCAGCAGUCCCGCCGUGCCAUUGCAUCUAACUGGCGGGAGUCCUUCGAAACGGCCCGCGGUCGAUCGGAACAUCUACACACCGCAUCCGCAGAGGGCGCCUCUUUUGCAGCGCGGAUUAACCGAGCUAGUGCUAAGCACGCGCGCAUCCCCGUCGGCCACGGCAGGCCCGGAACACCCGGCACUGAACGGAGGGCGCAGUCGACGUCCGCCAGUGGAGAGCAAAAUGAUCCGCAAUGAACCGCUCCCGCCGGAACAACGGCGUCGCAGUUCCUCAACGUCGGACGCGCGACAAGAGCACCCAGCGAGGACCAAUGGAACACAGCCGGGAGUGCCCACAGCUGGUGGUGGUGGUGUGGUUGGACGCUUGCAAUCCCCUCCCCAACCGUUUCGACCCCAUCACCAGCUGAUAAACGUCCCCGAGGGCCAGAUGGCGAACGGUGGCGUUGGCGUUGGGAUGACACCCGCCCAAAUCGGUGGAGGUGGCCCAAAUCGUAAGCUAACGCUCCGGGAGCAGCAGGUGUUCCAGUUACGCCGUGAAAUGAUGCACCCGGGUGGCGUUCGGCUUCAGUUGCGCCGCAAGGACUGCAUCAACUCGAUCGGGCUGGUCGAUGCGUUCGGAGCGGUUUGGGUGGCCGGCUGGAAGCAGAAGGAGCAUCCCGUUCUCUACAACGCAUUACACAUUGGCGAUCAGCUGAUCAGUGUAGCCGGUGUAGCGAUCGCUUCGUCCGCCGAUGCCCACAAGACGAUACGAGCCGCACCGGGGUUGUUUGUCGAGCUUAUUAUCCGCCGGGUCCCGUUCGGCCGGGUAUACGCCAUUCGUCGGGAAAUGGAUGGGCAGUGUCUGGGGUUGAUUCGCGAUGGCAACACCGCUACCAUUGUGGACGUUGUGCCAAACAGUCUCGCCGCCCGACACGGACUACCGCCGAAGGCAAAAUCAUGUGAUGGAUUGUCGCUGACGUUCUGGGUACUGACGGAAAUUAACGGUCGUCCGUUGAAUCUUUUCUUCAAGGAGCACGAAAUACGCGACCGGUUGAAUGCGGUCGGACGAGAAAUUUCGAUACUGGUCCAACCAGCAGAUUUGGUGACGAAGCUGAAAAAACAGUUGAAAUCACUACGCGGCCACAAGGAUUUUAUUGUGCAAUAGGGAAACUAGAGGGAACAGCAGCAACAAGCUGCAGCCGCCACGCUUGGUAGACACAGGGAGCGCAAGCAAAUAGAACGUACAGGAAUCUUACUUUGUACGACAAUAGUACUUGCACGGAAGAAUUUGCUACGAGAGAUGGUAAAUUAAAGGAUUAUCAAGGCGACCACUUAAGCGAUCAUCGCUGUUUUAAGGACGUUGGGACCCAAGGUUUAAGCGAUCGCCGGUUCAAUGGGAAUCCAUGUUUUAGCCAACCAACUGAGUGCUGCACUGACGUGGAGGGUACGGUCAAAAUGUGUUACUAUUGAUAAAAAAACUAGACUGUAAGAGAACCGCGUACUACUUUUACUAUAUAACUACUAUAUAAUUGGAAACUAAUACUACUACUUCUUUAGCAAACGAAACACGUUGUGACAGCAUAUUAGCGUUGUAGAAUUAAUAUCGUACGCGGACGGAAGCUCCGAGUGGAAAGGAGAGAAAAACAAAAACAAAGGCAAAAGGCGAAUGGCAGGAACACUCCCGGUGAACGAUUAGUGCAAAUUUUCGACCUAGCGAAACGUUUAAUACAAAGCAUUACUAAAAACUUACGCCAAAUUGAUUCGACGGACGUAUACUUGGAACGGUGAUAUAUGUGGUUUAUAUAUUUUUUGUAGUUUUGUUUUGUUUUUUUGUUUGUUUUUCGGUAGCGUUCUUAAAAUUUGAUGUACGGUUUCCCAGAACGAAGAAAAGGGGGCGGAAAAUGUCAUAGAAAAAAUUAGUUAAAUUGAUGCUGCUAUUUUCGUAUCAAAAUUCUUCGAAUAAACGGUUAUGCUUUGUGAAAGUGUUUUUCGUUAUCCCAAAAGGUAAACUUAAGAAAAAAAACGUUCGUUUGGGAAUCGUACCUUUGCAACUACAACUAAACAUUAACUCAAUCGUAACAAAGUGGUAAACAAAAAAGGCUGUAAUACUGGCACAAUUCUUGGCGGAACUGUGCCGAACUCCUUACCUGUGCGUUUGUGCAACGCAAGUGUGUGCAAGAAAGUGCAAAACCGAUGAAACCAAUUCACUGUGAGGCAACUAAACCGGCGGAUUAUGGCGCGGAAACGCGGGGAAGCACAAGCUCAACUCGAGAAUCCUUCGGUGGUGACAAACUCGUACUCGAGUCUCAAAACACAAGGCUCGUCACACGUCACUGGUAGCUGCAUUAUUGGCCGACGGCACUCUCUUUACUAUCCAUACCGUAUUUUCUUACAAAAGUCUGAAAUUGGGUGAUCCAAUGCUUGCGCAAAUUUUGCGAUAGUUUUGAUAUUGAAUAUUAUGGUAGUGGCUGGCUGGCCGAGAGUAUUGCAAAUGGAACAAACACAGACAAAACUAAUGAACGAUCAAAUAAGAGAACAAUUAAAAUAGGGAUUUGUUUUGUGACUUAGAUACACUAACGAAACCGUUCGUAGGGAAAGUGAUUGUAUACAAUUCCUUUGAACUAGGUCCGUUUCUUAUGUCGUGUGUCGGGCACAUGGUGUGUCGCGAUUCUUCACACUUUGGCUCAAACGGUAGGAAAAGAAAAAGAUAUAUAGGAAAUAUAAUAAAAUAAACCAUG